ACAUAUUCUUUAAGUGAUUCAUUAGUUAUUAAGAGGGCAUUAUUGACUGAGAUGUACACGUACAUCUCACACUGUAUGUACAUUGUAGGCCUACUGGCCCCAACUUGAAUGUUACAGAAUUCGAAAGAAAUGUCAAUGAUGAUAGGCCCCUAUCUUUACUGAGUUUAAAAAUGUGACAUCCUUCCAAUUCCACACAACUUGGGGAAUUAAAUACAUCAUUAUCAUUUUUGGGGGGAGGGGUCUUAUUAAAAUGGCAUGAAUGGACAAUUAAGCAUGCUUACGCAACAAAGGUUAUUGAAAUCAUCAAACUGAUGGUCAGAUAUUGACCAACAAUGUAGCCAGCGGAAAUUUGGUCUCUCCAAACAGAACUUGGAAUUUGUAAUUUUGUGAACUGGGCAAUGUUAUGGUCAUACAUAGAAGUAUACAUUGUAGUUACAGUGUAUGUCAAUUUUGUCCCAUACAUCAUCAGUCUGGAUAGGAUUUCCAGCAAACAUACACUUUGACCUGAAGGAGUGAAGUACUGCCAAAGCACAAAGUAGGCCUACAGGUACCAAAAAAUUUUGCCUGUUCACUUGUUCUAGAGUUUGUUGACAUGAACGGCAGACCGCAGCAUUACAUCCAAACUCCUUUGCCAAUGUUUGCCGAGUUCAACAAAAUAGACCUACUUGAGCAGGGGCAUGACUUUGACCUACGGCAGCAAUGGCUAUAGUCAAAAUGCGUACAGAAGUUGCCAGGAGUGGAGACUAGCAGGCUACGAAGAUGACGGUGUGUACCGGGUUGAUCCAGACGGGCCUGGAGGACUCGACAGUUUUGACGUGGAGUGCGAAAUGGAGACGGGUUCUACUGUUGUGCACCACGACGAAGACGUCAUGGGCUUUGAAGUGAGCCUGACAGGUGGCGGAGGUGACACUCCCAACUAUGAGGACCCGGGCGCCUACCGGAAAAUCCUCAACUACACUUCAGCCUCCCUUCCCCAAAUUGUGGCACUGACGAACGCGUCCGAUCAGUGCUCUCAAAUGCUGUCGUUCAAGUGCAGGAGAACCGAACUCUGGAACGAACUGGGGACUCAGAUGACGUGGUGGGUGUCACGUGACAGGGAGAAAAUGUCCAACUGGGGUGGGGCGCCGAGUAGAUUUGAAGGAUGCGGAUGUUAUGUGAACAACGGUUGUGAGAAUGGGUUGAAGUGCAAUUGCGACAACGACAAUCCGGGGUACAGACCAACGUGGAGGUGGGACGAGGGACCGCUGACUGACAUGUCCAAGUUACCCGUGACGGAGGUCCGGGUAGGAGACGUUGGCAGCCCAGAUGAACGUGCGCAGGUCUCGGUCGGGCCUCUUCGCUGCCGAGGCGUACCGGGUUUAUUCAGAAACUGCGAGGAGCUACGUCUGGACGGACGACGAACGAACGACUACUACCGAAUCGACCCCGAUGGGGAUGGCCCGCUUUCACACUUCAUGGUGUGGUGUACAUUCAGUGACGACAAGGCUGUUACUAUUAUACAUCACGAAGAUGAUCAUGAUAACAUCUUUGUCUCUGGAUCUGACGGAAGAGAUUACGAGGCUCCCGGGGCAUACAGCAGGAAAAUGUCAUAUGACGCUCCGUCAAUAUCACAUGUGGUUGCCUUGAUCAAUACAUCCACGAUUUGCCGUCAGCACAUCUGGUAUAAAUGCCGGCUGGCGGCCAUUUGGAGAGGGGACCAACAGGUCACGUGGUUGACGUCGCGUGACAAUGAAAAAAUGCCCAACUGGGGCGGGGCGCCAAGUGACUGGAAAGGGUGCAAGUGCAGCAUUAACAAUGCUUGUGUCGGAGGAGGAAGAUGCAACUGUGACCGGAAAGUGGAGAACAUGCUACGCUUCGACGAGGGGUACCUGCAAGACGAGGCCCAGUUGCCCGUGACGGCUAUACACAUCGGCGACAUCGGAGAGACGUCGGGGCGGGCGCGCUUCAACAUCGGCGCCUUGGAGUGCUGGGGAGUUCGCAACCCAUACACGGAAGGAACAACAGGUCUUGUGCAAGUUAAUUGCUUGUUGUUGACCAUAUUGUUGCUGUCCUGUUGAUAGUCUUGUUUCGCAUGUAGUCACACGCGGCGCCUAGGAAAAUGUAAGCGCGCGCUGCCAUACCCAGUGCAUAUUGCGAGCGCGCCCCUUCUGUUCUCUUUCAGAUCUACCGAAGGCAGGUAGGCACCUUGAUGAAGAACUGUGCAUCUUAACACCACUGUCAUAGUCACCUACUGAGGUCGCAACACAGGCCUAGGAGUCUUCACCAGCCAACUCGCGAAUGGACGGCGGACAGCCUCCCUGGAGUUUGCGGGCUUCUUCGGACCGCUCUCGGUGAUCACGACAGGCCACAUCUGCUAUGUACAUCCAUUAAGGAGGAGCUUUUGAAUGUGUGGUGUCAACGUGUCCGAUAAUGACAGAAGUCCGUUACAAGAAAUAUGCUUUGAUGGAGGAUAAAUUGGGAUUACAACUUUGUUGCUGAUAUUUUCUGGUUUCAAGGCG